UAUGACAUAUUAAAUCUGCGUGACAUGAAUUGAAAACACGAGCCUUCUGGAUUCCAGUAGAAUAUGGUGCAAAUUGAUGAAAACUCUGUUUAAAAUUCGUGAAAGAUAAGUGUACGAUAUAAUCGUAGUAACCAAAGGUUUAAUAAUACAUGUACAUAUACAUGUAAUACUUAUUUAUACUAUAGAACAGUUUUGACAACCACCAGUUCGAAUCAAAACCUCAAACUGGCAAACGAUGGUGCAAUGUUAUUACAGGCCAAGAUCUCAGUUGGCCUUCGUUUGAAUUUGGCCAGGAUCGAUGUCAUGCGCGUGCUGGCUAUUCAUGAUUAUACAGAUUUACGUAAUUUUAGGCCUAGAGAAACAUUUUCAGACGUUCAAUGUGGAAAUGAAAGUAAUAUAAACAGGGAUCACUCUUUUGAAACCAUUUAUUUUGUUUGCUUUACUUUGCUACUGUGGUUUUCGCUUUUUUGUUUAUGUUGUUGUUGCUAUUGUAGAUCUGGGCCUACCUGAUUUUCGUAUAGCGGUUUUUUGUUGUUGGUAUUUUCCCUUUUUAAAAAGCAGUAUUUGUAGAAAAAAACCAAGCUGGAAAAAAUUCUUCGCUUUAGGUCUUUAGAAUUUGCUUUACGUAAGGUCAGUUUCUAGCAAUAAUACAUUUAAUAAUAUAAUAACGAAGUUGGUUAUAAUUUUUUUUAAAAAUGCCUUAUUUGAUUUCAAAGCAGUUCUUGGGAAAAUCUGGCAGUCCUUCCAAAUCUCAAUCCAAGAUGGAGUACGAUGUCAGAGACCACCGCGGCAAAAUCAAAACAAGGCCUAUCCCCAAGCCUCGCAAGUUUAGCCCGUACACGGUUGCUCAAAGAGAAGCAGGCCGUGCCUAUGAUCAGAUUCUGGGAACACUGUACGGUGUGGUCACCGGUGAUGCCAUUGGUCAUUUGACAGAGUCUUUGUCCAAGGCUCAGGCUCACAAGGUGUAUGGUUCAGUUUGUAAAGAGCUUGAGCUGGGUCACAAGAAGCUCCUCAAUGACACCACACGCAGGAAGUGGCAGCUGUGUGACUGGACAGAUGAAGCCGACAUGAUGCUCUUGAUCACCGAGUCGCUCAUCUACAACAGAGGACAGGUGUCAACAACAGACCUCGCCAAGCGCCUGAUGGACUGGUCGGAGCGGGGCUACCCAGAGCUCGGGGACACCGCCGGCUACGGUCUGGACAAGUACACCAAGGCUGUCAUCGCUCAUCCACAGUUCUCAGAGGCUCCAAAAGAUGCAGCGAACAUUUGCUGGAGGAACGGGCCGAAGCAGGCCGGGGCGAGCAACAGUGCGGUGAGCCGUACAGCUAUUCUGGGAAUCCAUUACUACAAUGCCCACGCCAAAGUCCUCCAGAACACGACGGAAGUUUGUAUGAUCACACACCCCGACCCGAGAUGUGCGGCGUCGUGCGUUGCCGUGACAACGGCCAUAUCCCUGAUGCUUCAGCAGAAACACGUGAAGAAAAGUGGUCAGCUGGACGUGGAGGAAGUGAUCAGCGAGAGCUACAGAUACGCCUCGGGCUGUCUGCUGGGCCGGCCCGUGGAGGAGUUGAAGUCUUUGAAGCGACACAUGCUGGCGAGGUCGCUGAAGGAGCUAGAGCUCGGCGACGUUGGCAACAUGAGCUUCACCUACAAGGCAGUCGGGGCCGGAUUCUGGGCGCUGAAGCAGAAGAACUUCCGGACCGCGAUACAGGACAUUGUCAUGGAGGGCGGUGACGCUGACGGCAAUGGUGCUGUGGCUGGUGCCCUCCUGGGCUGUAAGCUGGGCUUUCCCGCCGUGCCCCCGUCGUGGGUGGAGGGUCUGCGACAUCGGGGAUGGCUGGACGAGCUGGUCAACAGAUAUCUCCACAUGAUGGAGCAAGGCAGAGCGACGGCCAAGGCGGAGUCUACCGUGUGAUGGGCUGGUGUUGGUGAUGCGUGUGGAACAAACUGGCUGAAUCUUGAUGUAGGGAGGACAAGUGGGGAGGAGAAGGAGGAAGGAGACAGGAGUGACAAUCAGAACUGUAUAGAUCAGUCGUUCGGCACUUAUAUGACCUUAUUGUGUUGCAAAUGCCGUAAAACACUUACUAAAACUAAAAAAUAGAACAGCCAGGAGAAUAAGGGAACCAGGUUCUUACUGGGGCUGAUGGUGGUUGUGAUAUAUUCUGUUUGUGCGUGUGUCUGGAGUGAGGUACGGAGCUUUGGUGUGUCUGGUGUCUGUGCGCGGUUCUCUGACUGACGGUGAGCCCAGUGACGAAGGAUGAAAUGUUUGGGGGAGUGGAGGGAGUGAGGAGAAGAGGCAGACCAUUGUUGGUGUGUGCGCGCACGGUUGUCUCACUGAUGCUGAGAGCAGUGACGAAGGACGAGAUGUUGGGGGGAGUGGAGGGAGUGAGGAGAAGAGGCAGACCACCAUAGUUGCUGCCUGGUCUGUGCGCGGUUCUCUGGCUGAUGCUGAGCGCAUUGACAAAGGACGAAAUGUUUGAGGAAGUAGAAGGGGGUGAGGAGAAGAGGCAGACCACCAUAGUUGCUGCUGCUUGGCGUCUCAGGCUGGAUCCUGCGGACCUUUGUUUGGAGAGAAGUACACCACAGUUUGUUUUCUGUAUAAUGUUAUAUCAUGUUGUCUGCUCCAAGCUUUGUCCGCUUGCCAGAGUUUCUUUUAUGUAUUGUGCGUUGUUGGCAGGUGCUCUGGUGUGGUUUGCUUCUUCUUUCCUAUCAAACAUCUAUCGUCCUGAU